AUGGCUUCAUCGAGGCAGUACCAGAUACCGCACACACCGCGCGUCAUUUCACCCUCACCGACUCCAUCAGAGGUCGGGAGCGGGAAGGAUGGCUACUUCCCGCCUGUUACGCGUGCUUCGGCGCGCAAGAACAAGUUGCAGUCACCCCCACCUAUCGAAGAAGAUUCAUCUGGCUCAGAUCCAGAGAAGCGCGCCCGAACAAGGAGUCGUGACUCUACGCUCGAGGGAGGUUUGGGACGAAGGAGAAUCAGUGGUCUGACUACCAGAAGGCAGCAGAACGGGGGUGUCAAGGACCUCACUCUGCCAAAUGGUACGAGCAGUGGGCAUCUAUCUCCCGCAGCAGCGAACAAGAUCUACUGGCGAGAGAUGAGUCGAAGUCCGAGCCCACUUGGUCUGAUCCCCAUCCACCAAGAAUGGCGCUCUUUCAUCCACCGUCAUGAAAUACCCCGCAAGAUCCUCCACGUCUCUAUUGGCUUCGUCACAAUAUACCUCUACUGUUCUGGCCGCCAAAUGUCGCAGAUCCACCCAGUUCUGCUUGCCAUGUUCAUCCCCAUCGCCAUCACCGACGUAAUUCGCCACCGUUACUGGCAGGUCAACCGCUUCUACAUCCGGUGCCUGGGUGCACUGAUGCGCGAAUCGGAAGUAGAUGGUUACAACGGCGUCAUCUCGUACCUGCUCGGCGCAUGGAUCGUGAUGCGCUUCUGCCCAAAGGAUGUGGGCGUCAUGAGCAUUCUGCUGCUCAGCUGGUGCGACACUGCGGCAUCGACAUUUGGCCGCCUGUGGGGCCACCUGACGCCCAAGGUCAGGAAGGGCAAGAGUCUCGCAGGCACGAUUGCGGCAUGCGUGAUGGGCGUCAUCACAGCCGUCAUGUUCUGGGGCUGGCUGGGACCCCUCUACUCAGAGCUGAAUCAGGGCGACAACUCGUUUGCAUUCCAGGGCGUGCUGACAUUACCAGCUCAGGCUCAGGAUUCACUAGGACUGCCUGCCUCCCAGAGCACGAUUACGGGAUACGUGGCUCUCGGCGUCAUGUCUCUGGUGACCGGCAUCGUCGCAAGUGGCAGCGAAGCGCUCGACUUAUUCGGCUGGGACGACAACCUCACGAUUCCCGCCCUGUGCGGCGUUGGACUAUGGAGUUUCCUUCGCAUAUUUGGCCAAACGGGCUCCUCUCACGACGCUUAUCACUUUGUCUAA